AUGAAGGUUUUUGCUAUAAUGGCUUUGUUGCUCAUAGCAGCAUACUCUCAAUCAAACGAAAUAGAUGUUGUGUUGAAGAUGCUUGCUGAUUUAAAAAAUGGUACAAUCAAGCAAUUGUAAGAAUUGGAGAGUGAUUGGGCAACCACAAAAUAUCAAAAACAAGACAUUGUUAAUGACUUAUAGCGUUCGGCAUCAACUCAAAGAGGUGAAUGCAAUAGAAGAGAUUAAGAAUGGGCAAAUAAAGAACGAGACAUUAGAAUAACUCUUAGCUAUAUUAAUUGGCUUGAGAAGAGAAUCAAAGAGAAUAAUGAAAGACUCUAAAGAUUGGAUGUGAACAGAUGUGAAUCAAAUGCUAAUUUCAUUAACGAUAUCAAGAAUUCAAAGAAAACUCUUAAUUUAAUAGCAUUCCUCAGAAGAGCAGUCAAAAAUGCAAAAGAAACUGAUUUACCCACUCUAUUGUAAUCUGCUUAAUUCAUUCAACUCAAAUCCUUCUUGGCUGAUGACGGUGAAGAACCCGAAUUGACAUCUGAAGACAAUGAGCCACCUCAUGUUUAUGAUGAAGUUGCUGAGACUCCUGAAGAAACAUCAGUAACUGAAACUGAAGAGGUUGAAUAAGAUGUAGAAACCUCUGCUGCUCCAGAAGAGGGAGUAGAUGCAGCUGCUCAUGAAAUAGAGGAAGCAUAAUAAACAGAUGAACCAGAAAAACCAGUGCCUGAACAUCCUUUGGAGGCUGAAGAGAAGGCCACCAAUGAAUAAUUAGCAAAGGAAGCUGCAGCAUUUAAUAAAAUUAUUGAGAAAGGCCAAAAGGCUCCAGCUUAAGGGGGAUCUGGAAAGGAUUACUCCUAAUUCACAGUUGCAUAAUAAGAGUUAUUAAACUUUUUGGAUAUCUUAGAAGAUGAGGUCAGAGGAUCAUUUGGAAAGAAAUAAGAUGAUCAAGUCAAUUCAGCUAUGGGAUAUAGUGAUUUUAAAGGUUUGAUAACUAAGGAGAAUGAAACAUUCAGAGGACAUUUAGCUGCUGAAGAUGUCAAUUUGGAAAAAUUGUAAAACCAAUUGAUCACUAUUUUAUAAGCUACAGCUGCCUGCAAGGAUAGAUUAAAGAAAAUCUAAAAUUCUAUUGAUUUGGCUAAUGAAGAUUUGGCUAGUGCUGAGGCUCACUUCAAAUCAGUUAGUGAAACUCUUCAAGAGGAAUAAAACACUUUUGAUGAUGUUUACAGAAUUUACUCAAGUCAAGUAGGUUCUCAAAGUACCUCAUAUAAGAGAGAUGUUUAAUCCAAAAUUACAAAUUGAUUAUGUAAAAUCAACAUAAAAUACAAUCAUUCUAUAAAGCUCUAUAAAAUUACUA